AUGAGCGACACACCUGUCGCCCUCAUAACGGCCGGAUCAGCCGGUCUCGGGGCUGCCACAGCCCGCCUCUUUGCCCGGAACGGCAUGCGCGUCGCGGUGAACUACUACUCCAACGCCGAGAGGGCGAACCGGCUGGCCGAGGAGCUGGCUACGAUAUCACCCGACACGCUGGGCAAGCUCGACUACGUCGCCAUAAGGGCCGACUUGGGAGACCGGGCGCAGCUCACUCAGCUCGUGGACGAGACGGUCCGGACGUUUGGGCGGAUCGACGUCGUCUUCUCCAACGGCGGGUGGACCAGGUUCCGCGACAUCGGCAACCUGGACGACAAUGUCGUCGAGGAGGACUGGGACCGCUGCUUCAACAUGAACGUCAAGUCUCACCUGUUUCUCAUGCACGCGGCCAAGAAGCACCUCGACGUCACAAAGGGGGCCUUCAUCACCACGGCUUCCCUAGCCGGCGUCAGUGUCAGCGGGAGCUCUCUGGCAUAUAGCGUCACCAAGGCUGCUCAGAUUCAUCUGGCAAAGGGCCUCGCCAAUGCUGCCGGUCCCAAUAUCAGGGUCAACACCGUCUCUCCUGGACUCAUGUUGACUGAUUGGGGUUUGGAAGUCUUUUCGGUGGAAAAGCAAAAUGCAAUCCGCGAGCGCACCAGGCUCAAGCGUCUGGUUGAGGUGGACGAUGUGGCCGAGCAGGUGCUGUGUCUUGCCAAAUCCAAGAGCACUACUGGGGUGAAUGUGGUGAUUGAUGGUGGCAUGUUUGCUUGA